GAGCAGUUAGUGGGCAGUUGGCGCCCCCCACUACUCAAGCCUCCGCCCCAGAGACUUGCCCCGCACGGCACCGGCUCACCAUGAUCGCCACCGGUGGCCUACUGAGGAUUUCCGCCAGAAAGCAAGAUCCCCUCCGUCCCCCAAGCCAGGUCCCCAAACGCAAACGGAAAGCUAAGAAAAGGCGCAAGAACGACGUGGUGGUGGUGAAAGGCAAGCUAAAGCUGUGCUCCAUCUCGGGGCUCAUCGCCCUCUGCGGGAUCCUGGUGCUGCUGGUGGGCAUAGCCAUGGCGGUGGUGGGCUACUGGCCCAAGGCCAACGGGGCCAGUAGGGAAGGGGGUAGGCAGCUGCCGCCCGCAGGCAGCGGCCACCGCGUCCCGACCGCGGCCAGUAGCAGCAGCGGUGGGAGCAAAAACCGGUCCAGGAGCCACCUGGGAGCCUCGGGGGCUGUCAACUCCAGUUCGGUGGGCGCGCCCCGAAGCACGCCCCCAGCGCGAUCAGCCUCGCCUUCGUCCGCCUCCGCCUCCACGUCCGUGGGUUUCUUCUUCCGCGUCUUCUCCGGAUACCUGCACUCUGACAAGCUCAAGGUCUUCGGGCCCCUCAUCAUGGGCAUAGGCAUCUUCCUCUUCAUCUGCGCCAACGCGGUGCUCCACGAGAACCGAGACAAGAAGACCAAGAUCAUCAACCUGCGGGACCUCUACUCCACCGUCAUCGACGUGCACAGCCUCCGCGCCAAAGACCUGGCGGCCGCCGCCGCCGCCGCCGCCGCCGCCGCCGCCUCCUCGUCCUCCGCGCCCACCUCGGCGCCCCCCGGAGCCGCGCCACUCAACGGCUUCCUCACCUACGUGCAGUCGCGGGGGCUGGAGCUGAAGCCCGGGAGCUGCGGCGGCGGCGCCGGGGACGCCUUCGGGGCGGCGGCGUUGCUGGCCAGGGGCUCGUGGCCUCACGCCGCGGCUCUCGGCGGGGGCGGCGGCGGGGCCAAGGGCGCCGCGUCCCCGCCGGACCUGGCCUCUUCCCCGCGCUGCCCGCGGGAGCCCGCGAGCCUGCCGGAGGCCGUGUACAGCAUCUACGGCGAGCGCUCGGGCGUGGCUGGCCGUCGCCGGGCCGCCGCCGCCAGCAGCAGCGCCAGCCACCCGGCGCCCUGCAGCCCGCCCGAGAGCUGGGGGCGCCAGAGCACCGCCAGCUCCCUCGUGGGCUCCUCGCUCAGCGCCUUCGCGUUGCUACCCUUGCAAGGGGACCGCGACGGGGACGGGGACGGGGACGGGGAUGAGGAGGGCGCUAGCUGCAGCUGGCGGAGGCCGCCUGGGGAACGCGGCUCCUGGGAGAUCCCGCGCGGCGAGCUCGACCUGAGCUUGACCGACCUCCGCGGCGCCCCGGGCUGCUCGCGUUGGGCGCCGAGCGAGCUGGAGGAGCCCGAGGGCGCGGCGGCGGCGGCGGCGCGCACCGCCAGGGGGCAGGGUGGCCGCCUGCCCAGGACCGGCAGGUACGCGGCCCUGCGGCGCCGCAGCACCAGCGGGCUCCCGGACUACCGGGCGCCGCCGUCCCCGGAGCCCCCACCCUCCCCGCUCAGCGCGGAGCUGGACUCGAGCCUUCUAGCCCAAGCCGCCUCCCAGUCCCCGCCCCUGCGGCUGGAGGACUCGCCCCCCGCCAGGCCGGACUCGCCGAGCUCCCAGUCGGAUGACCCUUCCUGCUGCAAUAAGGGCUACAGUCCCCUGCGGGAGGCUGGCACCUCUUUGGAGUCAGUUGUGGAAGCAGUAGCCAGUAAAAGUCCAGACUGUGAGGCCGCCACGGCCCCGGGUGCGGAGCCGAGUCCCCCGGAGGAUCCCGACCAAGGGCCAUGUGAGGCCCAGCCACCUCAGCCGGUGCAGAGGCAGUUUACAAACAAGGAGAAACUCUUUAUGAUUUCCCGGUCUCAUGCCAUAGGGGUAGAGGAUGGAGAACUGGAAAGUACUGGCAUUUAGGGCAAGCGGGAGCAAGAUGGGGGAAAGGAGUGAGAAAAUUGGGGAAAUGCCCACUUGAAUCGGCGAAUUUAACAUUUCCCUCUUUCCUUGUGGACUCAUCCGAGGAAAUCGUCCAAUACCCAAAGAGCUGCAGAAUGUUAUCCUUGAAUUGUGUUCACAAGAUUCCUGUAGAUAACUCCAAGCAAAAUUUUUUUUUAAAAAAAAGCUAACUAGUCUUUUAUGUCCGAUGGUGAUUGUACGUUCCAUGAAAACCAAAUGUAUUAAAAAGUCAGCAAUCUAGUUCAUUAGAUAAAAUUCUCUUAAUUUUCUUAGGAUCAAAAUAAUAUAUUUUUGACAGUAACUGUGCACUUUACUCCAACUUCUCUCCCCCUUUCAUGUCCGUACCCCUGUACUCUGCUGCUGGUUUUGUCCAUAGCUGCUUGUGAAUGACAAGCUUCCUUUCUCCUGUGCUUUUGGGGAGCAUAGAAGGGACUGUCCUUUCUAUGAGAACUGAUCUUUCUAGAGGAAGUCAAAGCCAGAAGCAGGAGUAUGUCAGAAGAGAGCACUUUCCUUGCCCCAACCCCACACUGCUCCAACAGCCCAAAGGCCUCUUUAUUUUUUAAAAGGGUAUUUACAUUUUGCUACCAGGGUAUCUGAUGGAGAAGGGGAGGGGCAGCGUCUAGAUGGACUGUUACAUUCCUAAGUUCACUAUAUCAAGUACACGAUACUUUAUUGAGUAUUACCGCACCUGUGUUGCAA